GUAAGUUCCCCGCCGGGAUCGGGUCGGAGCGCCGCGCCGUCCAGCUCUGGAGUUCUCGCCGCCCGCGGGCCGGCCGCCUGUGCGCCUCAAGGUGCUGGGGCAGGAAAGAGGGACAGAAAGUACUUUAGACUCAGCCUCUGCCCAUAAGGGACUGCUCACCCGGAGGAGGAGAAAAGGAAACUCCCAGAAAGCGACGUCACUUCCAGCUCCUCAACCACGGACCAGGAAGAUAGUCACGAGAACAGAGCAGAGAGCAUUGCUGCCGACGAGAUCUCUGCCUUUCUGCUUCCAAUUUUCAGAAGCGUUUUCAACUCUUUUGGGAGAAAGUGAUUUUUAUUAUCUCGACCCCUCUGACUUCAUUGAUCAUUCAUCUUUCUUUUUCUAAUUCCUUGGGCCGACUCUGGUCAUACCCCACACGCUAGUCUUAGCCCCUUUGCAAGUUUUGGUCCCUGAAAACCACCCUCUGGGGGUUCCAGGUCAAGGGUGGUGAGAGGAGGCAGCAGGAGGCUGUGAGCUCCACGGUGGACUGUCUUGGCUCCAGCAGCCAGGCCUGGGUGGUGAGGUCACGAUGUCCACCAAGGUGCCCAUCUAUCUGAAGCGCGGCAGCCGCAAGGGCAAGAAAGAGAAGCUUCGGGACCUGCUGUCCUCAGACAUGAUCAGCCCGCCGCUGGGGGACUUCCGCCACACCAUUCAUAUCGGCAGUGGAGGCGGCAGCGACAUGUUUGGUGACAUCUCCUUCCUGCAGGGCAAGUUCCACCUCCUGCCCGGGACAGCGGUCGAGGGACCUGAGGAGGAUGGCACCUUCGACCUCCCCUUCCAGUUCACCCGCACGGCCACGCUGUAUGGGCAGGAGCUCCCCGACGGGCCGUCCCCUCUGCUCAAGAACGCCAUCUCCCUCCCAGUCAUCGGUGGGCCCCAGGCCCUCACCCUGCCCACAACCCAGGCCCCACCCAAGCCCCCUCGCCUGCACCUGGAGACCCCUCAGUCUUCCCCACAGCCUUCCCCACAGGAGGCAGGGAGUGUGGACAUCUGGAGAAUUCCGGAGGCUGGCUCGGCCCACAAUGGGCUGACCCCUGAGUCGGGGGCAGAGGAGCCCUUCCUGUCUCAUGCCAGCUCCCUGCUCUCGCUGCACGUGGACCUGGGGCCUUCCAUCCUGGACGACGUCCUCCAGAUCAUGGACCAGGACCUGGGCCAUAUGCAGAUCCCCACAUAGGAACCGAGGCUGGCCAGGCUGGGCACCCAGGCUGGGGUGAAUGGUGGGAGGCAGGGGGUGGACACAGCCCUGAGCUAGAAGUUGGAAUCCCGAGGUCCCACCUGUGUGGUCACUGGCCAGCAAUUUCUCACCUCACCCUUUGUUUCCCCCUCCCUACCCACUCCCCGUGAGCAGAGCUCGCCUCAUUGCUUUCCCCUAAAACCCACCAAGGACAUGUGCAGAAGUCAGCCCAAAGUGCCCUGAGCAUCUUGGGCCACCUGGUCCCCCACCACCAACUGCUCCUCCUUCCUCAGUUCCCUUGGAUGAAAGGUCUGCUGAAAUGGACUCCCCUUGGUCUCAGCCCCGUCGGACGCCCUGCCCUGAUUCGGGGGGCGGGGGAAGGGCAGGGCACAGUCAGCCAGACCUUUCAUGUCCUGGACCGGGAACAUGGCAUCAGUACCAAAAGUCCCUCUGCCCCAUCCCCUCCCACAUGACCAGGGAUUCUGGUCGCAAUAAAAGUUGCUGCUGCUAUG